GUUGUGCAAUUGACGCCCUACGGCCCGGAUCGCACGCAUGCGGCAAAAAGCAAGCUAUGCCAAGACAAUGCUUCACCAGAAUGUCACGAACUGGGCCUUUCUCCGGGUUUUCAUGUAUAAUACAAUAACUUGCAAUUGGCGAUAAAGCGGCUGGAAACAGCUAAUCAUGAUGACGGUAAUAGGCCCAACAGGGGCUGCAAGCCUUCCUCCCGGACUCCUUCUUCGACUGGAGCGGCGAUGUGCUUGCGGAGCAGUUAUUUGUCGCAACAGCAAACGCUGCACUGCAACCGGUGUUCAAGACCGGCGGUUGACCGCAUGCAAGCAUGGCUUCGGCGCCAUGCUUGCACGCAGGUCUUCUCCUGCUUCGCCAGCAUCUCUCCCAAAACAUCUGGCUUCGUCGUCUAGCGGCACUGAAUGGCGUGGAAGGACGCCAACGUCAAGUCGGCAAUUACCUGGUGCCAUGAAUCCUCCAUCCUUGCCGGCUAAACAGCAAAGGGCCCAGCAACAGGAACAGGAGCGGCAACAGCUGCAACGGAGGAAUCAGAAGCAGGAGCCGGGUAUGCAAAACACGUGGCGAACACCAGAGCGGCGAAUGCAAAACACACGGCAAUCACCGGAGCCGCGGAUGCAUAAAACAGGACAAUCGCAGUUGCUUCAAACUCCGCCAGCUUCCAAGCACCAGCAGGAGCAGCAGCGGCAAGAUCAACACCAAGACCAACGCUUGGCGCGUUCGCAGCCUCCCGCUGCACCCACUCAGGACUCCUUUCUGCCGCCCCAACCCCAACCGAAACAGCCGCCUCCGCAACCACUUCAUCCCCAACCGCAACCGCAGCCUCACUCGCCUCACCAACCUCACCAACCUCCGCACCAGUCAGACACUCUGCAACCGCAGUUCCCCGAGUCCCAACCUCAACAACCCUACCAGCCACGCAAACCCAUCCGCAGCCGGUGGCUUCCGCCGUACUUAGAGCACCCCUACGGCGGUACGACAGCAACCUCCUCGGCUCCUGCCGGCUCCUCCUGGAGAUCUUUGAGAGCAGGGGUGGGGCUUGGCGGCGUUGGCGCCGCCACUAAGUACGGCAGUAGCAGUGUCGCUGCGGGGAAGAGCAGCGAAGAGGAGGAGGAUGGGGACAGCUGUGGCGGGGGAGGAGAAGAUGAGGACGGGGGCGAUGAGUUAGAGGCCGGACUGGACUCCCUGCUUUGGACCUCCUGCGAUGGAGCCCUGGGCGAGCUCGAACGCAUAUUCUUGGAGGGCCGAGCAGCAGCAACAACGGCGGCAGCAGCAACAACAGCUGUGGCAGCGACAGCAGCAAUACGUGAAGAAGCACCCGAAGACUGUAAGCUGGAGAACCCUGGAUCUGCAUUCGCCGGCAGCGGCGUAGGUAGCGACUGGGUUGCAGCUGCAGUUGCAAUGGGGCCCGGGAGCGGAGGAGCUGCGGCGCCGGGGGAGGUCUGGUCGCCGCAGCCGCAGCAGAAACAGCAGCAGCAGCAGGGGGCGCUGGGGAGUGCGGAAACGGGAGCUAAGGGCGCUAGGAAGGGUGCAACGGCGGUGGGCGCAGCUGGUGGUAAUGACGACCACCUGCGGGAUGACUUGGAGGCCCUGCGCCGCCACGGCGGAUACUUCCCCGCCAACAAGGCCCAGCUGCUCGCCCCCCUCCUCCGCCGCCGCCGGGCUCUGCACCCCGUCCUUCCCGCCCUGCUGCUGGGCAUGGGCGCAGCCUACACCAACCCCACAGCGAUACAGGCAGCAGCCAGUAUAGGGCGCAUGGCGGGGAC